GUUUCCAAGUUCCAAUCUCCAAGAGAUGAGGAACUCGUCGCCGCUGCUGCUGCUGCUUGUGCCACUGUGGAUCCAAAUCGCGUCCCAGCUCGUGGGAGCUUACACCACCUACAUUGUCGGGGGCGACACUGGCUGGACCAUCCCAACGGCGAGCAACACCAUCGUGAAUUACACCGCCUGGGCUUCCAGCUUGACAGCCUCGCUCGGAGAUUCACUGGUGUUUCGAUAUGAUCCCAGCCACACUGUCGUCCAGACCAACAAUCUGACGACUUACCAGUCGUGCGACGCCACUGCCGACGACGAGACGCUCAAGAUCUGGUCCUCGAGCGGCUCCAGUACCGUGAUGCUCACCACCACCGGCACUACGUACUUCUUUUGCUCCGCCGACGAUGGCUCCCACUGCCGAGACUCGGGAAUGAGAUUCGCGAUCCAGGUUAGCUUUGGCCAGGGACUGCCAGCCACGCCAAAGGCUGCGCCUUCUCCCCAGGAUGGAAGUGACGACGGCGACGACUUAAACUUUCCCAACUUUGAUAAGUUUGCUCCGCCACCACCGCCACCAUCACCACCGGCGGACUCCUCCGCCACCGCCCCCGCCUCGCUUCGGGGCUUCCAGCUUGCGUGGGUUCUAGCAGCGGCGCUCGUGCUUGGCCGGCUUGCGUGACCUCUCUCUCACACACACUAGAGAACACAGGAUGUAGAAACAUCUGGGAACGCGGUGAAAAGAAUUUGUAGAGUCGAUUAUAUAACACGCAGCCUGCUUUUUGGAGUGCA